AUGCCGUCAGCCGUCGAGAGUGCCUCACCCUCGACAAUCCGCGGAGGACACGAGGAGUCCCGUCCACGGCUUUCAGAGCCCCUACAAUACUCCGGAUCGUUGGACUCAUAUACCCAGCAAGACUUGACUCCAGUCAUUGGUAGAGAGUACAAAGGACUUCAGGUGGCCGAUAUACUCAAGGCGGAAAACUCCGACCAGAUUAUCAAAGACCUGGCGGUGACAAUUUCGAAAAGAGGCGUUGUUUUCCUUCGUAACCAGGAUGUCACACCCCAGCAAAUGAGAGAAUUUGGCGAAAGGCUGACUGUUCUGGCUGGUUGCGUAAGUAAUCCUGGCGAUCUCCGGUAUUGUCAGUGGAAUAAUCAGCUUAUAUUUCCCUCACAGCCCGAAUCAUCUGGCCUCCAUGUUCACCCCUUGACGGAAGAAGGCAGCGAACUCGGUGAUCAAAUCAGUGUUAUCAGCAGCGAAAAGCAGAAGAAAGGAGGCGGUCUUACCCACCAGCUCAGCGAUACGAGUCGCUUCGCCUCUGUAGGAUGGCAUACCGAUAUCAGUUUCGAGCGUGUACCUUCGGACUACGCCAUGCUCAAGAUUCACACUCUACCCGAAACCGGAGGAGACACUCUCUGGGCUUCGGGAUACGAGAUAUACGACCGCCUGUCUCCUGAGAUGGCUGCCUUCUUAGAGGGUCUGACAGCCACACACGAUGCGAGCUUCUUCCAUGACGAAGCACGCAGGCUGGGAAACCCCCUACGCAAGGGAAUCCGAGGAUCGCCACUUAAUCAGGGUGAAGAACUUAAAGCAGUUCAUCCUGUCGUUCGGACUAACCCUGUGACCGGUUGGAAGUCCGUGUAUGUGAACAAGGGAUUCACUAAACGGAUUAAUGGGGUAACCAAGGACGAGUCCGAUAUGCUGCUGCAAUAUCUCUUCAAUCUCGUCACACAAAACCACGACGCGCAGGUUCGCUUCAGGUGGAACAAGAAUGACAUGGCCAUCUGGGAUAACAGAUCCACCUGGCAUUGCGCCACUUAUGACUACGCUGAAGCCCGGGCUGGUGACCGGGUCUGCAGUCUGGGUGAAGCUCCUUACUUAGACAUCCAGUCCAAAUCCAGGAAGCAGGCGUUGGCAGAGGCUCAAGCUUAA